AGAUGUAUAAUUACCAAUUUAAAUUUUAAUAUGUAUAUUUUUUCAUAAAAGAUAAAACAAAAUUAUUAACAUACCCAUCUCUCAUAAUAUCCAUCGGUUAAGAUAAUUUUUAAAAAUAAAACUAGAAUUCUGUAGAACUUCUGAUUUAACUAAUAAAAAAAUAUAAAGUAAUUAAUUUUUUUAAUGAGAACACACCAUCAUCUCUCUCUAUUUCUGCAAUGUUUGCCUCUCACAAGAUGCUUAAUUCCAUGGAUGACAUCAAUUUUUCUCCCCUUUAAUUCAAUUUUUAGGUUGUCAAAAUUUGCAAUUUUUCAUUUGUGUUCUUGGUUGAAGCUUUCAUUGAUGUUCACCAUUGUUCCUCCCUCACCUUCUCUUUCACCAGAUUUGCAAAUCUAAGGAGAAACUGUUCCAAAGAAUUAAAAAAAAAUUGAAGCUUGAGGAAAAGAAAAUAUAUUUGUCAACAACCUUUGAGUUGCAGGUGACGAGGUUAAAGAAGGAGGAAGUUUGAUUUGCUUGUUUAUAUUAAGGGCAAUACGGGAAUAAAGUGAAAAUCUCUAAUUGUCCUCCAACAGUACCCACAGAAUCGAUUUGCUUCACCAUAGAAGCUAGGAAUCCUGACUUCACUUGAAAUCGAUUUUGGGUAGUUAGAAGCGAUUUUGCAUCAAACACCUUAAAAAAAGGAAAACUUGCGUUUGGCCCUUUUGCCGGUCUCAACGCGGAACCAAACAUACGCAUAGUAGAUAGUAGAUGUCAAAAAGAUCCGAACUCAUUCGAAAGCCUGACAAUGGAAUCUGAACGAAAACGAAAGCUCAUACACAGACCUCCAUUCUCUGAUUGCACCAAUACUUCUUCUUUUGUUCCCCCCAAACUAACCAAAUACAAACCUUCUGAUUCUUUUCCUGUAUUAAAAAAUCUUUCCACCAAAUCGAUCUCUACUAUCGACCCCGUUGCCAUAAAUCUCGAUGACGCUGCAAACCCUAACUCUUCUCCAUCAAACUUUCUUUCAACGCCUUCGCCUGAAAAGUCGUCUAUUCCUGAGACUGUUGAUCUCGAAGCUUCUGGGAAUAUUUCUAGAUCCUAUGGCCGAAGAUAUUCGUCAAAUAAAAUGAUUGACAAACAGAAGGAAGUUCCUACAAGUAGCGUGCCCAGUAAAAGUAAGGAUAAGGAUGAGGAUGAAGUCAGUCUUGCAAAUAGUGAGCCUAUUAAAUUUCAACAACAAUGUCAAAAAGAUCCCAACUCAUUCGAAAACCUAACAAUGGAAUCUGAACGAAAACGAAAGCUCACACACAGAUCUCCAUUGUCUGAUUGCACCAAUACUUCUGCUUCUUCUGUUCCCUCUAAAUCAACCAAAUACAAAUCUUCCGAUUCUUCCCCUGUAUUCAAAAAUCUUUCCACCAAGUCGUUCUCUACUAUCAACCCCGUUGUCGUAAAUCUUGAUGACACUGCAAACCCUAACUCUUCUCCAUCAAACUUUCUCUCAACGCCUUUGCCCGAAAAAUCGUCUAUUCGCGAGUUUAUGGAUCUCGAAGAUUCUGAGAAGAAACCUAUAGGCUACCGCCGAAGAUAUUCUUCAAAUAAAAGGAAGGAUGAAGAGAAGGAAAUGGUCAUUCCUACAAGUAGCGGUGCGCCCUUUAAAAGGAAGGAUAAAGGAAAGGAUGUGGUCAAUCUUGCAAAUAGUGAGCCCAUUAAAAUGAAAGAUAAAGGGAAAGACACAGUCUUUUCAGGAAGUAGCAUGUUCAUGGAUCAAUCGAAGGAAGCUGGAAAUAGCACGUCCCAUAAAAGGAAGGAUAUAGGAGAGGAACAUGACAUUCCUUCAAGUAGCACGCCCAUUUCGAGUGUCUCUAAUACUAGAGAGAAAACUGAUGGGUUUGAACGUGCAAAUCCACCCAAGGCCAAGGCAUUUUCAGCCCCUUGUACAAAGAAGGAUCGUGUCAAGUCUUCAAAAAAUGGUGCGUUAGUAGACGUUUAUCCCGACCUACAAGAUUAUGUCAAGGAAUGGAAUGUUUACUUUAAAGAGAUUGAUGAUUUUGAAAUGUUAGUGGAGGAGGUUGAUUAGUGAUACCUAGAAAAGUGGAAAGUUAUUGAUGAAUUUGAACUGUCAAAAGUGGAGAUUAUAUAUUUCGAUAGCCACGAGCUUGGAGCUUCUUUUUUGUGGAAGGUUGUAUAGUUGUGAUAUUAUUGGUUUUUUUUUCUUUCUUUUUCACAAUGAAUUAUUACCUUAGCGUCACAUUUCUAACAAAAUAAGUAAAUGUUAAGUUCUUAAUAGUAUUUGUAGGAGGCCACGGUGGAAGUUGAAGUUAAAAUUGUGUAAUACUACACAUAAUGAGUACUUAUGCAUUUCUCUUGUUUAACUUGUAAAUUACUACUAGUUCUAUUUAUUGAAGUUAAAAUUGUGUAA